GUCGACAGAAAGAACCGCAGCAUAUGUGCGUCACACAUUUCGCAUACAACAAAACUGCCACGGAGGCCAUGUUGAAGAUGGCGUCAAGCUACAUUUUGACGUACUAUAAAGAGCGUUAAAAGUGGACCCGUUAUUUGUUACGCAAGCUAAAGAAAUAUAGUAAGAUGUCAACGGACGAUUUCCAAACGAAGUACACCUCCUUCAUGGAGAGUGUAGUGAAGAGUACCAUAGGAGAAACUACAAAACUUUUUGAAACUAUGGUCGAGGAAUUAAAGGCGGAACUAUCUAAAGUCAAGACGGAGAACGAGGCCCUUAAAACAACAUGCAGACAAAUGGAGGCUGAGAAAACCCAGGCGAUCAGUUGGUCUGGCCAAAGUCGUGGUCCGAAGAUGCGCGAUACAGCCGUUCAAUGUGAACUCCUUCCUGGCGAUUCUGUCCUGGAAGUGCAACCGGUGGGGCAAAGCAUAGUCCAGCAAAACAAACAAUACAAUGAAGAAGACUUGGUGUACAUCCUGCUAAAUGACCACAACUAUUAUGGUGCAAGAGAAAAAAAUGCACUUCUAAACUCAGAGGAUUCUAAACCCACUAUGGUCACCAGGAAUACACUGUCUGCAGCUGCAGAUUCAACACCAAUUCAUGCUUGUGGAAGUGAAACAGAAAACUUUGGAACUAGCACGCAUUUUUUGAAUAUAGAGCUCAGAAAAAAACAUGCGACCCUUGUGACCACAGUUCACCCCAAUCUGGAAAAGGAUUACUAUUUACAUGAGCCACAGAUUAAGUCAGUAGGGACAUUAAAAUAUCCAAACUCACUCACUACAAUAAAUGAUAGCAUGGACGUGGCAGUCAGGGCAGGAAAACGAACAGCUGCAUUGGGGACUAAAAGUUGUGGUAGUCUGACAACAACCUCCCAAGAACAGUUUGAAGGAUCAGAGGCUCAUAUUGCGCAACUAUCAUUGAAGGAAGCACCUGUCCAAGAAAAAGCAUGUGCAACACUGCAGCAAUGGAGUAGUGUUCCCCAUCCAGAUGAGUGGAAAGUUGAGCAAACACUGCUGGACAAACAGCAAGAGGAUGAACAAAUUAAAUUAGGCUUAAUGGAGGAUGAGACCACCUGGAGAACAAAAGGGGCAGUAUACAAAAUCAGUAAAGACGGAAAACAGCUCUCAACAGAAGUAAAACAUCUGAAAAAGACGCUAAUGACAACACUUUCACCACCUACAAACUGUGCUGGUAAUGCAGAACAAGUUAAGAAUUUACCCUCCAAUUGCGAAACAGUCAGGCCCUCAUCUUGGGUUACAGAAGUAUCCUCAGGUCAAACAGAAAAGGCUGUUAAUGUUGUUUCACCAUCAAUGGAAAAGAGAACAAGCAGGACAUUAGAAAACAUGGAGAACCAUAAUGCUGCACCUCUGGUAGUUUCAGUAUUUUCAUUGUCAGAAGACGUUUUGUCCUCUGAUUCUCAGCAUUCCAGCAUGGGAGUAAAAGAAGCAGCAAUUUAUGCAGCCAACAGUGACAUUACAUCUGCACCAACAGUAUUAACCAGGCCAACAGCUCUAUCACAACAAUUACUGUCAUGUCAGCCACGGGAAAUUUGCACUUCUGUAACACUUCAUGAUGCAAUGCUACUAGAUGAAGCAACGGAUCAAUCAAAGAAUUGUACAUCACAGGAAAAGGCAACAACCCAUGACCACUGUACUGUCUCUGUUGCUACCUUGCCAUCCGUGGUUCAGUGUCUAUUACCUACCCAAGAUGUGUCACCACAGUUACCACCAACGGCCAAUGUAUGUGACAAAGGCACUAAAGAGGUGUUUACAAACAAGACACUUUUUGUUAAAUAUCCAAAAGAACCCAACAAUUCUCAAUCCAAUGUAAGAUUUCCAUUACAGCAUCAAGAAGAAAAUGGUGUUACUUCUGACAUUACAGCGACAUCAUUACCUUUGAAUGCUAUAUUAAGUAAAUCCCUUGAUUGGGACUCUUAUUGUACUGUGGGUAUAUUAGCAAUACCAUUACAGCGAAUGAUAGUAUCAGAACCUGUCCUGAAUAAUAUAGUUGAUCUGCCCAAAUCACCAUCUGCUCAUACACAGCAUACAAUCCUCCCCCUGUCCCAAAGUCAAAUUUCAACUAUUGUGUCAGCAGUUGCUGCUGCUCACAAUAAAUCUACUUCUUCCUCUUUGGAAAGUUUUCAGUGUGAAUAUAAGGUUGCCUCCUCACCAGUGCCUCCGCCUGUCAUUUCUGAUACAACAGAACAAAGGCCAUUAUCACAAAAACAAAUUAAAAUAAUAAUUCCCAGAUCUGUCCCUUUUGCGCCAAGUCAGUCACUACUGUCAAAGACAAUAGACACACUUACCGUGCCAAAUAUAGCUGGACCAGAUAUUACAGUGCCAUUGUCGUCACAGCAUCCAAAUAUAUGUGCUAAAUUGACUAAGGAUGAAAAUGAAAAACCCACAUCAUCAUCCCUACAACCAAAUUGUUCCUCACAGCAUACGGAUACUUUGGAGAAUUUACAAAUAACUCCAGGGAAACAAACAAUGGUAUCGACUAAGAGUUUAUCAACAAACUGUUCUCCAGUAGCACCACCAAUCAGAGAAGAAAGGCCACCACAUGUAGCAUUGUUGACCAAAUCUCUUUUGGCUUCUCAAGGAAACAAAUCUGUUGUCCCACCAGACAGAACUCUGGUCAAUGACCUGGUAGCAAAACCAACAGUCUCUCCAGCAGAUCUGAAUCCAAUAUCAACCGUCAAUGGAAAUGUAAAUUGCUCUUCUAUGCCAGGGAAGGUAUUGGCAUGCACCGAUAUUGUAGGGAAACCAGCCAACUGCGUACCAUGUACGGCAUCCAGUGUAUCUGAACUGGUCUUGGAAGAAUCAACAAUAGACUUCUCAAAGGCUGAGUUUUCCUUUGGAUCUGACCAGGCACAUAAAGUGGCUUUUAUUCUUGAUGAGGGAAAUAUCAACAAUGUGGAUAAAGAACUUAUCAACAAGGCAAUUCACGAUUGUGGUUCAUUAAAUAGCGAUUCUUCCCCUUUGCAAGUAAGGCAAAACUCAAAGGAUUUAUCAGACCAUUCUUUACAAUUAAUCAAAAACGAGUUCCCUGCACAGUUGGCAGUGUCACCUGUACUCCAAGUUGAUCAAAAGGCAUCAACAAAUGAGUCUACAGAUGCCGAACGAGUGUGCGAUGGGACCAGCACCAACAGCUUGACAAAGUCACAGAAAAAAUCCAGUGCUGACAGCCCCCUGCCCCUCAAAAUGCAGCCUCAAGCUAAAAUAAGAAAAACAACUCCAGAGCCACCGAGAGGCAAACAGGGUACUCAGAAAAGUACUAAGAAACCAGGAUUAGAGGAUGUUAUUACUGUUGAACAAGAGACUACCAAUGAACAUAUUUCCAUUUACACCAAUACUGCCAGUCUUUUGAGUUCCACACGUCUGCUAACAGAAAAUGUGUUUUCCCAAGUAAAUAUCAGUAAUCAACAGAGUACAGACUUACGUUCAGAUGAAAAUAGGAGUACUUUUGAGGUGAUAUCUGUUCACAACCAAAACCCAAGUUUAAGUAAACAUAGUCCAUCUCCAAAAGACUCCACCGACAAAACUUUAAACAUCCCCCCCUUGACACAUUCUGAAAUUAACAUCAGCCAUGUAAACUCUUACAGUCUAAAAAUAGAAGAUACUUUUGAGACAAUUACAAAAAACUCUGAAAAGCCCUUUAGAGCCCAAGAUUUGACCAGUAAAACAUUUGAAUCUACUAUUUAUCCAAAGUCAAAAUUAACUAGACGUACAACUGACGUGGCAACGAUAAAAUCCCCACUGAGUAGUUAUACAAUUCGUAGGUUAGGUUUAACUAACAAUAAACCUGGUCUUACAGAAACACGUCUAAGGUCAAGUAUAACUAAAGAUACUACACCUCUAAAGCAUAAACUCACACCUGAGAGUCAUAAGAAUUGUGUGUCUGGUAAGGUCAGUUCUUGUGUUAAAAAGACCAAAAUAAGUUGUCCUCAGGAUCAGUCCUCCCUAAGAGUGACUACCCCUCCUCCAAGGUCAAGAUUGACUAGAAAUUCUACCAGUCCAAAAGAGUGUCAAUUGCCUCCUUUCGGUCAUAAUCGGUCCAGUUCAACAAAAUAUGUUCCCCUCCCUAAAACACCAUAUUGUGAAUCUCUCAGGAGUUACACCUUUUCUAAAGAGUAUACAUCCAAACAGAUGACAAGACAGUCCAGUUCAUUGCUGGGUAAAACUGCUUCCUCAAGUGCAGGGAGGCCCCAAAUGGCUAAAAAUAGUUUAAGUAAUACUAGAGAAAGUAGUGCUAAGAAAUCUAGAUUGAAUUCACCUUGUUCCACUUUAAAAAAUACUGUAAAAAUUCAAAAUGUAAAGGAAUUAACCAAUCUGACAAAAGCUCAGACUAUAGGAACCUCACUAAGAGAAACGAGGUCAUCACUUUUACCAAUCCAGAGAGAUAAACGCACACCAAGAGCUCAAAAUAAUUUUUCAGUCUCUCCACCAACUCUUUCUCACCAACUGAUCCGUAUCAAAGCCCCAAAUGUUGUGCCACCAGUACAGCCUCUAGCGGUCAUUGGUGAACGACUGCUCAAAAAUCAGUGUGGGGAAUGCGGUCGUGUUCUUAGUAGCAGCGCUGCUCUUGAGAGCCAUGUAAGUCUCCACACUGGUCACAGACCAUUUUCUUGCACACUCUGUGGAAAGAGCUUUCCUGACGCCAAGGGUCUCAAAAGACAUGUCAGAGUGCAUCGCAAUGAGAGGAUCCAUAUCUGCCAACAAUGUGGGAAGGACUUUAUAUAUGGUUUUGGCCUCACCAAACAUAUCCAGAUGGUGCAUGGGAAAAUCAAGCCAUUUGCCUGCCAGAUUUGUAACAAGACAUUCUUCACAAAGCGAGAUGUGGAGAUCCACCUACGAAUCCAUACAGGGGAGAAACCAUUCCACUGUGAUUUAUGUGAAAGAAAGUUUACAAGAAAAGUAGAACUAAACGUGCAUCUUAGGUGGCAUAAUGGGGAAAAAAGACACUGGUGCCCAUAUUGUGGGAAAAGAUUUUUAGACUACAACAACCUUAAAAGACACAAGUAUAUUCAUACAGGAGAGAAACCACAUUCUUGCCCACAUUGUCCUAAACAUUUCACACAGUCCGGACAUUUGAAGAAGCAUGUUAAAAAUGUACAUAAAGUCGUUUAGGAGCUUGCAAGUAGGCAUUUUUAAAUCUAUAUAUACACACGAAUGAUGGUGUAUUCAUUUGUAAUUAUGUAGGUUAUUAGUACUAUGAGAAAUGUUUGUCUUAUUUAUUUUAAUGUUUUUCUUAUGGCAGGUGAGUUACAUUUUUGUAUCUUGUUUCUUGUUAACAAAUCAGUGCCUUCUUUAGUAAAACUUGCAUUAAAAAAAACCUCAAACCGUAAUUAUACUUGUUUUAUUUACAAUAAGAAUUUUUAUGUCACAAUU